GGUCGUGCGAUGUCGCCUCUGUUCGCCUGGACUUCCCUUCUCCUCGCCAGCUCUAUCGUUAGAAUUGCUUCCUCAUCCAAGUUCGAGACGAUGAUUGCAUUCGAAGUAGCAGUUCACCGUAUUUUCAAACGACCGAAAUGGUUGGUCCUAUCCUAUCCUGCCCAGGGUGGGCAGGAGCAUCGGCUAGGAGCUCGAGCAUGGCUAGUUUCUCUCUCUGGUUCCCGCCUCGAGUGAGCCUUUCAUUCUUGCUGCACACUCCCUUUCUCCAGAGAUUCUCUCGACUGAGCCUCUUCUCGCUCUUCUUCCUCUCGUCUAAAGCUCAAGAGGCGAUCCGAUUCAAACCGCCACAAGACACAGUGGGAUAUGAUGAAGUGGCCGAAGCAGCGCUCAGCUGUGGUUCUCAGGGCUUGCGGGUAGUUAUCGAGAACGAGUCCGAGAGCAGUACAGGCUGCCAGCGAAAGCGCGAGGUAGGUGUCGGAAGGCCUGCUCUCUGGGCUGUUGAGUAACGGUCGGGUGAUUUUGAGUGGUAUGUUGCCGAGGAGUAGCAUGUAGAGGAUGGCUAACGGGUAUGAUUUAAUGAGUUGGUAUGCGGCGGCAGGGAAUGCAGCUAGGAGGAUAACGCCAGGUAUGAAGACCUGUGUCCGCUGGCCGCCGCGUUGAAGGGUGAACAUUGAAGACAUGUCGUAUCUGGUUGCUGCAAUGGAGAAUUCGAAGGG